AUGGUUGAACUAGACGUCCAGAUCCCAACUGCUUUUGACCCGUUCGCCGAAGCCAAAGACGCCGAUGCCCCCGGAGCCAAGGAGUAUGUGCAUAUCCGGGUGCAGCAGAGGAAUGGAAAGAAGUGCCUGACAACAGUUCAAGGGCUGAAGAAAGACUUCAGCUACGAGAAGAUCCUCAAGGAUCUGAAAAAAGAGUUCUGCUGCAACGGCAAUGUUGUCCAGGACAAAGAGCUUGGCAAGAUAAUUCAGCUCCAAGGUGAUCAACGCAAGAACGUGCUUCAGUUUCUUGUUCAGGCCAAGAUUGUGAAAAAGGAGCAGAUAAAGAUGCAUGGUUUUUGA